UGUCGACCCUCUGGUCUUUCGGCCCGCCCCGCCCAGGGGUGGUCAUGUUCCUGCUGCUGCCGCUGCUGCUGCCGAAGCCGCAGGUUCCCCUUCACGCGCGUGGUCCCGCAUCGGCCAGCCGGCAUCUGCGUCAGCAUCGCCUAGAACUGCUUCUUCUUUUCCUGUCACCGGCCGCGCGGUCCCAGGGCGCGGGCAGCGGGAGCCGCGCAGCCGACGAGCGCCCACGAACGGAGGGAGUGGAGGAGGCAGGUGCGCGCAGAGGUGCUGCAGUUUGGCGCGCCGGCCCUGUCCACCGUCCUGGCCGACCCGCUCAUGAGCGUGGUGGACGCCGCGUGCGUCGGCAAGUGCUCCACGCUACAGCUCGCCUCCCUCAGCCCGGCGCUGGCCGUGUUCAACUUCUGCAGCUACUUCUCGGCUUCUUCUUCUUCCUCAACACGGCCUCGUGCGUGCUGGUGGCGAGGGCCCUGGCGGCGGGCGAUCGAGAGGCGGCCGCGGGCACCCUGUCCGCCGCGGUGGCCGUGGCCCUCUCGAGCGGGCUCCUCGUCGGGGGCCUCCUGGCCGCGCUCGCGGCGCCGCUCGUCGCCGCGACGGGCUGCGUCCCCGAGCUGGUGCCGUUCGCGUCGCAGUACCUGCGAGUGAGGGGCGUGGGUCAGCCGGCCGUCCUCGUAUCGAUGGUUGUCCAAGCAGGCCUCCUGGCCCAGGAGGACGCGCUGACGCCACUGCAGGUGAUCAGCUUCGCGUGCGCCUUGAACAUCCUGGGAGACCUCGUGCUGGUCCCAAAGCUUGGGGCCGUGGGCGCUGCCUGGGCCACCCUCCUCGCCCAGGUCGCAUCUCUUCCGCUGAUGCUGCUGCUGGCGAGGUCGAAGGGGAGGCUGGCCAUUCGCAGUCGCAGACCUCGAGCCCACGAGCUGAGGCAGUUGUUCUCCACUGCUGCGCCUCUGUUCUUCUUCGAGAUGGGCCUGUCCCUCUGCUACAGCUUCAUUCAAUUCAGGGCCAGUCAGUAUACGGUGACCUCUACAGCUGCAUUCCAAGCCCUGUGGGCUCCCAUGGGCGUGUUGGCAUUUUCCACUUAUCCGCUCAAGCAGGCUGCGCAGGUCUUCCUUCCACCAAUGACGCGCGAGGGACUUCAAGAGGUCGGCGGCAGACUGAAGACGAAGGAGUUCUUGAAAGUGUUGGCAGGCAUCUCUGUUCAGGCAGGCUCUCUGCUGGCCAUCACAGCCGUCCUCCUUGCGAGGUCGCCUCAGCUGUUCUCAUCAGACCAGACACUGCACGCGCUGAUCAAGUCGUUUGCUCCCUACGUAGCUGCAAUAUUUCCUGUGCUCGGUAUGGCGCAGGCUUGCGAAGGGCUACUCGCAGGAGUCGGCGAUCUCAAGUUCCUCUCGUUGAUGCAAGUCGGCAAUGUCCUGGCAAGUUUGGGCUGCCUGGCCGCCACGAAGUCACUUGGCAUGGGGGUCCACGCAACCUGGCUGAUCUGGCUUGUGUUUGUUGUCGCGCGUUUGGUGCAAGGUUUGGCGCGAGUGCUCGCUUUAUUCCCAAGCCGAUGA